UAGGGAAACAGCGAUAUCAUGUAAUGGUCUCUACUCUGCCCCACUCUAGCCAUACUGUUUUGAGAAAAUAGAAAAAGAACUAUCCCAAUGUAAUCUAAAUCGUUUAAUUUGUUUUAUCACCUGCAUGGGUGUAUUUUCAGAAACAGCCUACAUGGAUAUACUUGAUAGAAACAGACAUGCAGGCCUAGUCAAACAUGGUGAUACUUACUUAAACUUGAAGUAGAAAAGUGCAAAAGUGUGUGUGUAUGUGCAUGUGUGUAUGUUAUCAAUUAAGUGGUAUAUUUAUUUAUCCUCAUCUUUUUAUUGUUUUCCCUCAAGGAGUGUGUGGAGCAGCUGAAUCUCAGCAGGCUGGUCUCCGUAUCAAUGGAUGGGCCCAAUGUAAAUUUUAAGUUCUUUGAGCUUCUCCAAUCCGACUUAAAUGAAAUGUAUGGGGGUGCUCAGCUGGUGUCCGUGGGGAGCUGUGGGCUUCAUACUCUGCACAACGCGUUCAAGGCAGGUUUCUCCAUGUGGCAGGUGGAAAAGCUGUUAAGAUCAAUGCACACACUCUUCAACAACGUUCCAGCGAGGAGGGAAGACUAUGUGACAGUCACAAAGUCAUCAGUGUUCCCGCUAUCAUUCUGUGGCCAUCGAUGGUUGGAGAACCUGCCUGUGGUAGAGAGAGCUCUGGAGGUCUGGCCUUCACUUCAGCUGUAUGUGGAUGCGGUGAAAAGAAAGGAGCUGCCAAACCCUGGUACAGGCUUGUAUGAUACAAUAGAGGCCGCUCAAAAGGAUCCCCUGAUCUUGGCAAAGUUGCAUUUUUUCUUGACCAUCGCCCGUACCUUUGAGCCCUUCCUGAAGAGGUACCAGAUGGAUGAGCCAGUGAUGCCAUUCCUUGCCAAAGACUUGGCUGAGUUGAUGAAGAGUGUACUGAGGCGGUUUGUGAAGCGAGAAGUCCUGCAGGACAUUACAAAACUACAGCUCACCAAGCUGGACUUGUGUGAGAAGAAGAACUUGCUCCUCCCACAGAAAAUUGACAUCGGCCUUGGUGCAGAGAAAGCCCUGAAAGACACUAAAAUAUCAGAUCUCAAGGUCCUUGAGUUUAGAAGGGACUGCAUGCAGGGGCUGACUAAUAUAGUCAGAAAAGUGCAGGAGAAGAGCCCACUUAAAUACGCCACUGUUAGGCAGAUGGCCUGUCUGGACUGCUCUAACAUGUUCAGAGAUCCAGACAGGUGCAAGGAACAAAUUAAAUGUCUGGUGCAGACCUAUCUACAGGCCAAGCAGCUGGCAGGAGGUGUAUCUGCUGGUAGGAAACUGCUGGUAUCGGCGGGUGCAGGCAGGUCGAGGUACCGCAUUUUCCUUGAUCAGCAGCGUGCAAGGAAGGAGAGUGAAGCACGGACACAGAAAAGAAAGCUGGCAGAGGAGUAUUUGACCGACCUUAAGAGAAAGAAAACCACUGUUCAAGAGGUUUCCACCUGUCUCGCCAGAGAGGCCGACAUGCUGGCAAAGGAAGCGGAGGGCAAAUCGGUGUCAAAGAUGGCCCAGCUCCUUUCAAAGUCAAACGCCCUCAGGCGGGCAAGCAAGGAAAAAUUGGCUGAGCUGAAAAAGGUUGAGGAGGAGAUCACCGUUAAAGGGGACGAACUGAGAAAAAUGUAG